UUUCGAUUUGAGAAAUACACAAGGAAAAAAUGAGGUUCUUUGUACAAUUAACGAAACUCGUUCCUUUUAUUCUUCUUCUUUCUACGAAAAUCGCAAGAUCUUACGAAUUUCUUUCUAUCGGCGAAGAACAAGUUCCUUUUAUCAUCGACAUUUGCAAAUUAUACGGAAUGAAAUCAAUAAUUUUCUUGUACUCGGAUUCAAUGAAAGGUGUUAUAAUAAUAUUUUUAAUUUUCAUUUCUUCAUUUGAAUUAUCAUUGUAUUCCUUUUUCUCAGAAAUGGAAAUGAAAACGAUGAUUUUUAAAUGGACGCGUGCAAUUUCUCGCGAAGGAUUUACGUCUACGAACUUGAACUUUUCGGAAUUGCACAAAUCGUUGUAUUAUGUAGGGCGAAUCAUACGACCGUAUUAUAUCGCUGUGAUUUCAAAUUAUAAUGCGAUUAAUGAGUUCUCUUUAGCAACCAGUACAUUUGACAUGUCUUUUGCUACAUGGCUAGUGUUAUUCAUUUACAAGGGACAAGGCUCCGAUUAUUGUCACAGUCCACCAGGUAACAUAUUUCAUUUAAGAUUCGACUCGAAUAUGUUGGUACGUUGCGGUACAGAAAAUAUUUUACGAGAGUGGUAUUCGAUUGAUACGAAUCGAACCGAGAUCAAUGAUUUAGCAACGUGGAGCUUAGAAAAAGGAAUAGCUAAAAUUGCUCCAGAUUCUCUUUAUAAAAGGAGAUAUAAUUUACAGGGUUUGGUAAUGAGAGCUGUUAUAGUUAAGGAUUCGUCGUUCCUAAUCGUAAACGAGGAUGGCAAAUUGGAUGGGAUAUUAGGUAGAAUAUUAAGAAAUCUUUGUGUGACUCUCAAUUUUAGUGUCAACAUUGUCUCGGAAGUAGAAGAAUAUGGAAAUUGGAAUUCUAAAGAAAAGACCUGGUCCGGAGCAGUGGGAGAAUUAUAUGCUGGACGUGCUGACAUUUCUAUUGGAGAUUUUACUAUUACCGGUCCCAGAUUGAAUGCUGUAGACUUUACGCUUCCUCUUUUGCUUACGAAAAAAUGUCUUUACAUUCGCGAACCACAAAUAUUUGCGAUUAAAUGGUCAUCUUUUAUUCUAGUACGAUACCUGGCAAUCAAACUUUUUCUUUUUCUUUGCUUAACCUUUAGAAAUUAAAAAAUUGAUAUUUUUCUAAGGCAUUCUCCUAUUCCAUUUGGAUAGCUAUGUUGGUGAUAUUAAUUGUUGGAUCGAUUUUAUUAAUUUUUCUCAAAAUAAAGAAUGGAACCGAUCGUAAAAUAAGAGAUUUAUUGUCAGACAAUUUUUUGGAGAUUUUGGGUAUAUUUUGUCAACAGGGACUGGCAGAUUUUCCUGAUAGAUCUUCUUUAAGAAUAGCAUACUUUUCUAUCCUUCUUUUGACUGUUGUAUUAUCAGCCGCUUAUUCUGCAUCUUUGACGAGCUUUUUAACUACCGGUAUCCACAAAUUACCCUUUAAUUCAUUAGAGACGUUCGUUGAAGACGGUACUUAUCAAUUUUCCGUUUUUCGUGGUACGUCUAGUUAUGAUAAAUUUGC